CAAUUCUUCACCCUCAAGUCUUGUGAGGUAGACACUCAUACACCAGUCCUCAUCAUGUUGUCCAACUCCCUUCUCGCUGCCGCUGGGCUCCUGGCCUUGACCAACGCUCAAACCUUUCCCAUUCCCGAUUUGAGCGGCGACGUUUUCUGCGAUGGCACUGUCCGUCCCGAUUAUUCGGCAUGUGACGACCUCAUUCCCGAGACUUUCGACAACGCCGUCGCCGGCCCCGGAUUCAACGAGGGCACCACCUGGACCAACGACGGAUGCCAGCUUCGCUACAUCCGUUGCGCCGGACCGGAAGGUUCUACUUUCGAGAGCGAUGUGUCGGCCGACUACCCCCACAUCAAACGCCAAUGCGCCGAGUUUCCGGCUGGUGGCAUUUUCCGCUGGGGCGACGGCUGUGUCGUCGUGCAGACAGAGGACAACCCCCUUGCCCCCGACAACAGCGCCCAGGCUACCAAGCGUGAAGUGCCUGAGAGGGAGAGCAAACUCGAACGCCGAGAGCUUGUUGCUAGCCUAGACGAGAGACAGACAUGCCCAACUGUCGAUUGCUACGAGUACACUGAGCAGGUCUUCAUUGACAAUGUCCGCGGUCUCCAGGAGCGUGUUUGCGAUAACAUCCUCCCUGAUGGAGCUCGGUGUGAUAAGACCAAGUCGGUGACCGUCACCGACACUUAUACAGUCGAGUUUGGAGUUGAAGCGUCAGUCAUCAAGGACGUCAUCUCUGCCUCGGCGUCUUUCAGCUACUCAGAGUCCGAAGCUGUGACCGAGUCGCUGACCACCGCAAUCACUGUCAACUGCGACGGGAGGAGCGGCUACAUUGUUUGGUAUCCUCUCAUGCAGGUGAGCCGUGGCGAGUGCCGAAAGGGAACGAGCUCGGCUUGCAACGGUGUGGCUUGCUUCUCGGAUGAGGUUUCGUCGUGCGAGAUGCGGGUUCCCAUCGUUGCUCAGGACGGGAAGCUGAGUGGUGAGUACGACGUCCAGUGCAUCUGAAGCAGCUGGUCUAGUGGGUGACUGCAAAUGGGAAGUGCCAGCGGGGACUGUCGAUAGGAGCCGUAGAUUGCAUCGAAUUGGAUGAAUAAGAUGCAGUCAAAUGGACUGUUGAAGAGAACGCUUGGCUGUGAUCUAAACUUGGACGUGGCGAAGGAUGGAUGCGGUUGAUACUCAAAGAC